GUCCUGGAGUCUUGACCCGAACUCUGCUCAAUGCAGGUGUUAGAGUGGUAGCUCUAGAAAGUAACCCAGCUUUUCUUCCAAACUUACAGUCCCUAGAGAACAGCCUGGAUGGACAAUUAAAGGUAAUUUAUGGUGACUUCUACAGACUGGAUCCUUUGACUGGGACACUAAAACCACCUGCAAUGCGUUCUGAGAAACUUUUUGAAACCAUGGGUGUAGAAGCAGUUCCAUGGAGGGCAGAUUCACCUGUGAAAAUUUUUGGAAUCUUUCCACAAAGCAAGGAAAGGCUCAGACUUUGGAGGCAUCUCUUAGCCCUGUAUGAAUGCAGUUCCAUAUACAGAUACGGAAGAGUAGAACUCAACAUCUUUAUUAGUGAAAAAGAGUACAAGGUGUUAACAGGAAAGCCUGGGAAUGCGAGUGCUUACCAAGCAAUUACUGUACUUUGUCAAUUAGGAUGUGAAAUUGAGCUACUGCACAUGGAACCUUGGUCAUCAUUUUUAACUAAUUUGAAAAAUGGGGGACUGGCGAUACCGAAAAGCAUGCGGCUACCAAAUGAUCAUUUAUGUUUGGUACGACUGACUCCUCAGCAAAAUCUGUUUACAGGAGGUUUGACUCCCACAAAUUCACCUAUCUUUACUUUCAUGGUGAAACAGUAUCUUGCUAAACCUAAGUCUAGACUUAUUGAUAGAUUAAAUUCAUGGAGCUUGGACAACAGUAGCCAAUUACUGAGAGAACUAGAAAUUCCAGAAAAUGCUCAAACACGUAACGUAUACCCAGAAGACUAUAAGCGUCUUUUUGAGGCUUUGCAAAACUCUAAUGUAUUUACUGAAACCUGGUGGCAUGAUGAAGUCUUUGAAAAUAUAAGGAACAUAAACUUAUAA